GGAGGUCGCCCUGUGGUUCGGACCCAGCCCCAUUACCGAGGGCCUCAGUCCCCCCUGUGCUGUGGGGGGCUGGGUGGGCUGCCAGGACCGCUCGGGGCUCGCGGCGGGUCAGGGAGUUCCGGUCUCCCUCGCAGCGUGCUCUGAGCCCGGAGGGGGAGCGGCGGCCCCGGCCCCGGCCACCAGGGGUUAAGCGGUGACCUCAGCCGCGGCGCCCCGGGACCGGGCGGGCGGGGGCGGCGCCGCAUCUCUCGGCGGCGGCAGCGGGACCAGGCCUCGGAGCGCGGCAGGCGCGGGCGCAGUCCCGGUGGGUGGGCGGGCGGCGCGGCCAUUGGCUCGGGCGGCGGCGGCGGCGGCGGCGGUGGGGGCGCCGUCCCGGCCAUGGGCGCCCGCGGCGGCCUGUGGAGCUGGAGGCGCGGCACCGGCCGCCGGGCGCCUUUGUGAGAGCGGCGCGGACGACAAAGGCGCGGCCCGGGCGGCCCAGGCGGGCGUGCGACUGGGACGGUGCUGCUCUGAGCUGGACCUUGUCUGAUGGCUUCCUCCAACCCUCCUCCACAGCCUGCCAUAGGAGAUCAGCUGGUUCCAGGAGCCCCAGGCCCCUCCUCCGAGGCGGAGGACGACCCAGGAGAUGCCUUUGAGUUUGACGACAGUGAUGAUGAAGAGGACACCAGCACAGGCUUGGGUGUCCCAGGCCUUGCUCCCAAGAGGGAUGCAGAACCCCCACUGAUCCACUUUGACUCCAGCCCUGUCACUGACCCAAACUCAGUGGCUGCACCGCCCAGCACAGAGGUGCCAGCCUGGGUGAGCAAUGGGGAUGCAGUGGACACAGCCUUCUCCGGGGCCCAGCGCUCCAGCUGGAAGCGGAAGAGUUCCCGUCGCAUCGACCGGUUCACUUUCCCUGCCCUGGAAGAAGAUGUGAUUUAUGACGACGUCCCUUGUGAGAGCCCAGAUGCCCAUCAGCCCGCAGGGGCAGAGAGGAGCCUGCUCUACGAGGAUGUGCACCGGACUGGGGUGCCUCGGCAGGCGGAGGACCUAGGCUGGAGCUCCAGUGAGUUUGAGAGCUACAGUGAGGACUCCGGGGAGGAGGCCAAGCCAGAGAUCGAGCCUGCCAAGCACCGAGUGUCCUUCCAGCCCAAGCUUUCUCCAGACCUGACUAGGCUAAAGGAGAGAUACGCCAGGACUAAGAGAGACAUCUUGGCUUUGAGAGUUGGGGGGAGAGACAUGCAGGAGCUGAAGCACAAGUACGAUUGUAAGAUGACCCAGCUCAUGAAGGCCGCCAAGAGCGGGACCAAGGAUGGGCUGGAGAAGACGAGGAUGGCUGUCAUGCGCAAAGUCUCCUUCCUGCACAGGAAGGACGUCCUCGGUGACUCGGAGGAGGAGGACAUGGGGCUCCUAGAGGUCAGCGUUUCGGACAUCAAGCCCCCAGCCCCAGAGCUGGGCCCCAUGCCAGACGGCCUGAGCCCUCAGCAGGUGGUCCGGAGGCAUAUCCUGGGCUCCAUCGUGCAGAGUGAAGGCAGCUACGUGGAGUCUCUGAAGCGGAUACUCCAGGACUACCGUAACCCCCUGAUGGAGAUGGAGCCCAAGGCACUGAGCGCCCGCAAGUGCCACGUGGUGUUCUUCCGAGUGAAGGAGAUCCUGCACUGCCACUCCAUGUUUCAGAUCGCCCUGUCCUCCCGUGUGGCUGAGUGGGAUUCCACUGAGAAGAUUGGGGACCUUUUUGUGGCCUCGUUCUCCAAGUCCAUGGUGCUAGAUGUGUACAGUGACUACGUGAAUAACUUCACCAGCGCCAUGUCCAUCAUCAAGAAGGCCUGCCUCACCAAGCCUGUCUUCCUCGAGUUCCUCAAGCGACGGCAGGUGUGCAGCCCAGACCGUGUCACCCUCUACGGACUGAUGGUCAAGCCCAUCCAGAGGUUCCCACAGUUUAUCCUCCUGCUUCAGGACAUGCUGAAGAACACCCCCAGGGGUCACCCUGACAGGCUUUCACUCCAGCUGGCCCUCACGGAGCUGGAGACGCUGGCCGAGAAGCUGAACGAACAGAAACGGCUGGCUGACCAGGUGGCCGAGAUCCAGCAGCUGACCAAGAGCGUCAGCGACCGUAGCAGCCUUAACAAGCUGUUGACCUCUGGCCAGCGGCAGCUGCUUCUGUGUGAGACGCUGACAGAGACAGUGUAUGGUGACCGAGGGCAGCUAAUCAAGUCCAAGGAGCGUCGGGUCUUCCUGCUCAAUGACAUGCUUGUCUGUGCCAACAUCAACUUCAAGCCUGCCAACCACAGAGGCCAACUGGAGAUCAGCAGCCUGGUGCCCCUGGGGCCCAAGUAUGUGGUGAAGUGGAACACGGCGCUGCCCCAGGUGCAGGUGGUGGAGGUGGGCCAGGACGGUGGCACCUAUGACAAGGACAACGUGCUCAUCCAGCACGCAGGUGCCAAGAAGGCCCCCGCCUCAGGGCAGGCCCACAAUAAAGUGUACCUCGGCCCCCCGCGCCUCUUCCAGGAGCUUCAGGACCUGCAGAAGGACCUGGCUGUGGUGGAGCAGAUCACACUUCUCGUCAGCACGCUGCACGGCACCUACCAGAACCUGAACAUGACUGUGGCUCAAGACUGGUGCCUGGCCCUGCAGAGGCUGAUGCGGGUGAAGGAGGAAGAGAUCCACUCAGCUAACAAGUGCCGCCUCAGGCUCCUGCUUCCUGGGAAACCCGACAAGUCCGGCCGCCCCAUCAGCUUCAUGGUGGUUUUCAUCACCCCCAACCCCCUGAGCAAGAUUUCCUGGGUCAACAGGUUACAUUUGGCCAAAAUUGGACUCCGGGAGGAGAACCAGCCAGGCUGGCUAUGCCCAGAUGAGGACAAGAAGAGCAAAGCCCCGUUCUGGUGCCCAAUCCUGGCCUGCUGCAUCCCUGCCUUCUCCUCCCGGGCGCUCAGCCUGCAGCUUGGGGGCCUGGUCCACAGUCCUGUCAACUGUCCCCUGCUGGGCUUCUCAGCGGUCAGCACCUCCCUUCCACAGGGCUACCUCUGGGUUGGGGGCAGACAGGAAGGCGCAGGGGGCCAGGUGGAAAUCUUCUCCUUGAACCGGCCCUCACCCCGCACCGUCAAGUCCUUCCCACUGGCAUCCCCUGUGCUCUGCAUGGAGUACAUCCCAGAGCCAGAGGAGGAGGAGGCAGACAGCCGAGACGAGAGCCAGACAGCUGCUGACCCCUCAGCCACAGUGCAUCCAACCAUCUGCCUUGGGCUCCAGGAUGGCAGCAUCCUGUUUUACGGCAGUGUGGACACUGGCACCCAGUGCCUGGCGACCUGCAGGAGUCCAGGUCUGCAGCCUGUGCUCUGCCUGCGGCAUAGCCCCUUCCAUCUGCUCGCUGGCCUGCAGGAUGGGACCCUCGCUGCCUACCCUCGGACCAGCGGAGGUGUCCUGUGGGACCUGGAGAGCCCUCCUGUGUGCCUGACUGUGGGGCCUGGGCCCAUCCGUACUCUGCUGAGCCUGGAGGAUGCCGUGUGGGCCAGCUGUGGGCCCCGGGUCUCUGUCCUGGAAGCUACCACCCUGCAGCCUCAGCAAAGCUUCGAGGCGCACCAGGACGAGGCGGUGAGCGUGACGCACAUGGUGAAGGCGGGCAGUGGCGUCUGGAUGGCCUUCUCCUCCGGCACCUCCAUCCGCCUCUUCCACACUGAGACCCUGGAGCAUCUGCAAGAGAUCAAUAUAGCCACUAGGACCACCUUCCUCCUGCCAGGUCAGAAGAACCUGUGUGUCACCAGCCUCCUGAUCUGCCAGGGUCUGCUCUGGGUGGGCACUGACCAGGGUGUCAUCGUCCUGCUGCCCGUGCCUCGGCUGGAAGGCAUCCCCAAGAUCACAGGGAAAGGCAUGGUCUCACUCAACGGGCACUGUGGGCCUGUGGCCUUCCUGGCUGUGGCUACCAGCAUCCUGGCCCCUGACAUCCUGCGGAGCGACCAGGAGGAGGCCGAGGGGCCUCCGGCUGAGGAGGACAAGCCAGACGGACAGGUGCACGAGCCCAUGCCUGACAGCCACAUGGGCCGAGAGCUGACCCGCAAGAAAGGCAUCCUCCUGCAGUACCGCCUGCGCUCCACCGCGCAUCUGCCGGGCCCGCUGCUCUCCAUGCGAGAGCCAGCGCCCGCGGACGGCGCAGCCCUGGAGCACAGCGAGGAGGACGGCUCCAUCUACGAGAUGGCUGACGACCCCGACGUCUGGGUGCGUAGCCGGCCCUGUGCCCGAGACGCCCACCGCAAGGAGAUUUGCUCCGUGGCCAUAAUCUCUGGCGGGCAGGGCUACCGCAACUUUGGCAGCACGCUGGGCAGCAGUGGGAGGCCGGCCCCAUGCGGGGAGACGGACAGCACCCUCCUCAUCUGGCAGGUGCCCUUGAUGCUAUAGCCCCUCCCCUCUCCCCGCAGAGGGCACAGCUGCAGGCCUGACCAAGGCCACGCCCCGCUCUCAUGCUGUAGGGACCUGCAGACGGGCCUGGAUUCUCCAGAAACUACUUGGGCAGAGCAAAGGAAAACCUCUUCUUUUUAAGAAAAAAUUUUUUUCAGAGUGUUUUGGGGAGGAGUUUUAGGGUUUGGGGAGCGGGAGAACAUGUCUGGAGGAAAUGGCCUUCUUUUUAAAAGCAAAAAACACAAAACCUCACAACUGCCUGGCAAGCCCAGCACCACUUGUUUGGGCCCUAGCGGGGCUCCAAGGCAGCAGCCACACGCCCCUCCUGGAAGGGUGUGUGCGUGUGAGUGUGUGCGAGUGUGUGGGCUGGUGUGUGAAUAUCUAUAAAUACGUAUAUAUGCUGUAUAUUAUAUGUGUAUAAAUAAAGUCUGUACAUAUUGGAGCUCUGGGAGAUGCUGGAAUAAAAGACAAGAGUUACAUCCGGA